AUGCCUUGGGCCCAAAUUCUACUGAAAAGACAUCGUUGCGCGAAUUGCAUGCGUCCGGAUCAGCUAUCACUAGUACUGAGAAGGCUCCGGAUCGAGAUCGAAUAUUUGACUGCAAUAAUGCACGCAGACGGAAGAAAGAAGUCGCAAACGGACCGCGGUUCCAAAAUUGAAUCGGUCAAAGCUGACAGCAAGCAGGGGACCAAGAAUGAUCCUCCGUCCAAACUCCAAUGUGCAGCUGAUCCUUGGAGGCAGAGCGUCCAAGAUAACGGCGGCGACGUUGUUCAGUCAACUCCAGACAUCAACGCACGAGACAAUGCGACGGAAAGCAGGAUUGUCGAUGAGCCUGUUUACGGUCGUAACGUGACGAACAAAGAUGGUACCCUAUCCUUCAAGAAGCAUGAUCAUUGGCAUCACAUAAAAACCAUGCUGGUGGGGGAGAACACCAAGACAAAUAUGCAAAAGCGAAUCAACUUUGUUAGACUCAUCUUUGGGGCCGAAAAGGGAACUCGACCGUACAUUGGAAUCAGUGUACUGGUUGUUCGCGAAGAUCAUGUUCCUUGGCAGUACGAUCAGCCAUGCUACACCUUCGAAUUGUGGUUUGAGCAUGAUUCAACCAAAGUCAGCUUCAAAAAUUUCAAGGCUAACGAUCCCGAAACAACCUCGCACAUGCAAGAGCUUGGCAUUCAAACCGAUAUACCAGAGGAUUCUGACGUUAUGUGCUUGAGACUCACACAAGACGAAGGUCAUUUCCCGCUUGGAGUCAACUAUCCACAUAGCUGCUCGGACUCAAAACUUGAACAACUCAGCUUGCUAGAAGAAUCUAAUGGUGCGACCGAGUGGCGUUUCUAUACCAUUGCCCAUGGAAGUGUGGCGUCAACCCUCUUUCACGUUGAUCAGGUGUUCGGCACAAAUCAGAUCCCUGAUGCUUUGAAGCAAUUCCUCCGAGGGAGCAAACUUCCAGAGGCCGAGGACGUCGAAAUUCCCGAUACAUACGGUGACCUUACGAGAUUUUCUACUUCGAACCAGUACAAAGCACGAUAUGGGUUUGGAACCAUCUUCGACAAUCUCGUUGACCGCCUCAACGCCGAGAAGUCAAGAAACGAGACGGUCCAUGCUUUUUGGAUUAAGCACCCAACUCGUCAAUCCUGCCACUGGGUUUCCGUCAAUCUUGGGGAGGCUGCAACUGCUUUGUCAAACAUCCUCAAGGAGGACAACGCCAUUCAACUUUGCGACGAGCCGUUCCUGCCCGACCAAGAUGGUUCGGAUCUUGGCGGAAUAUUUGGGACAAUUGUUCAUACGGGAAUGGUCAACCAUGGUGGUACACACUUGGUAUCGGUCCAGCUUCCGGAUGAGUUGCAUAAUAUGGAUGCUAGCUGUGAUACUUGGACACGAGAUGCUCCAAAGGUGCCAGUAUAUCUCAAGGUAAACAGCAAUCCAAAGACAACCUUGUACCGUCUGAGAGCAAUCUCAUCCCUCUACCCCGAUGAGGAUCGCAUUCUACCUCCCGGCCACGACCAUGCCGGUGACAACGGAAUGGAAGAUGACGCAGAUCGCGAGGCUGUGGAAGAAGUUGAAGAAUGA